CUCCAGGUUGACGGAUAUCCGGCCCGAUUACGGGAAGGUGGGCGCUUGCGGCUCUAGAUCGCUCUCACAAGCGUACUUGUCUUCGACGACCAUCGUCUACUCACAUUUCCUGUAUGUUGUAUCCUCAGAGAUGCUUGUCGGGCUACUCUCAGCGUAUUCAAUGCCAAGCCCCUGCCGCUUUAAGGCCGCACCGCACGGGUUCUGCGCGCGUCGGCCGAAGGCGGCAUGAUCGACAGUCGAUCCCCAAGACAUUGACGAGCAGAACGCGAUGAUGGACGCGAUCGUCUCUCCUCCUCCCUCUCGCGCGCUUACCCUUCUCUUUCCCUUACAAUGAGUGACGCAUCCAGCCCUGCGCCUCAUUUGCGCGAUUCCGCCCUCGCCUCAAAGCUCACCGGCGCGCUCGAGUCGCGCAAGCAGCGAUCGCUCCUGCGCCACCUUCCCAAAGCGUCGUCCCCCACGACUGCCGACGUGAUCGACUUCAACUCGAAUGACUACCUGUCUCUGCGGCGGUCGCCUGCCCUGCGAGAGGCGUUCCUAUCGAAGCUCGCAGCUGCGCCGGAUGUCCUGGGCUCGGGAGGUUCGCGGCUGCUGGUGAAUGGCUCGGCGCAUCAGGCGUUGGAGGAGAGGGCGGCGAGGCUGUACAACCCACGAGGGUGUAAUGGUCUGGGAAAGAAGGAAGCGCUGCUGCUCAACUCAGGCUUCGAUGCGAAUGCCGGGUUCUUUGCAUGCGUACCGCAGCCGGGGGACAUCCUGGUGUACGACGAGAAUAUUCACGCGAGUGUACACGAUGGCGCGCGCAUUGCACGCGUUGCGAAACGCUAUGCAUUUGCACACAACGACGUGCAGGCACUCAGGGACAUCCUCAGAGCAGCCAAGCAGCAGCAUCCAGGUCUAUCUUCUGCCUCGACGUCCAAACCCAAGUCUAGUCUGUUUCUCGCCGUAGAGAGUGUCUACAGCAUGGACGGCACGAUCGCGCCUCUCUCCGAGAUGGCAGAUGCGCUCGAAGAGGCUUUCCCCAGCGGUAACGGGCACCUGAUCGUCGACGAGGCGCAUGCCACCGGCCUGUACGGCCCUCGCGGACUAGGCCGCGUCGCGGAACUCGGACUAGAAGAUCGUGUGCUGGCGCAGCUGCAUACCUUCGGUAAAGCGCUGGCGGCGAGCGGUGCCCUCCUCCUCGUACCACCCCUUCUCAAGUCGUACCUCUUAAAUUACGCGCGGCCAUUAAUUUACACAACCGCCCCUGCGUACUCGGCAGUCGUGGCGGCUGAUUGUGCGCUCGACGUCUUGGAAAACGGCACGACAGAGCGGCUUGCCGCAAACCUUCGCUCCGCUUGCAUAUACCUCGUCUCCCGCCUGCUGACAGAAUUGAAGGAUGUACCAGAGGACAUCGUCAGCUUGCCGGUGCACUUGACUAGUUCGACAUCCUCAUCGGCUGUGCAAUUCGUGUCGCCCAUCAUUCCCCUAUUGACCUCUCACCCACGGUCUCUGGCAGCGUAUCUCGCAGCUGAGCGGCAAAAGACGGCUGGCAAGGACACUCGCCCAAUUUCCGCGCGGCCUAUCGUCCCUCCGACAGCGUCGUCGCGGGUGCGUGUAUGCGUACAGGCGGGGCAUACAAGGGAGGAGUUGGAUGCGCUGGCCGACGGGGUGGUAGAGUGGGCGAAGACGGAGGGGAGAGCGUUGUCUGCGAGGGCAGAGGGGAAGGCCUUGUCUGUGCAAUUAAGGGAGAACGACGUACCUCAGGCGAAGAGUAGGUUAUAGAAUGAGACUUAUCGUCGAAUCGCGAUGGUUUGUAGGUGACGGGUGACACAUUGUCACGCAGAUCGAAAUCGGCAGCAGAGGAGCUAUCACCUAUUCCUCUCCCAAGUGAAGGUUACGGAUCGCUACAGCACAGGUACUACAUAGAGCCUCGAAGACUACCAAACACUCUGGCCUUGUAUACGAGCUGAGAUCAGUUCAUCACCUUGCU